GCAAAUAUUGCAAUAUUGAUCACCUAUCAGGGGUCAAAUUGAAAUUUGGGCAGAAGCAUCAUUAGCUUCUCCCCACGUUCCCAAUUCUCAUCCAAGUUAGCCAGAUAACUCAGCUAAGGAUAACCAAUUGCUCCGAACUUAACAAUGAUAUAACAACAAGAUGGAAGACACAACAUGGGAUCAAAGAAUCCAAGCAUUAACACACAUCAUAACCAAUCCAACAACUAAACCAUCCUUAGAUUCUCAAAUCUUCAUUUCUAGCCAAGUCCCAUGUUACCUUAACUGGGACUAUCCCCCAAUACUGUGCACCAAAUAUUCCACUAACACUUUCCCUUCUGUGAAUCUGAGAUGGGCUCUCUCAGUUUUCCUGAAAAGGGUUUCAAGACUUGGGGCACCUGAAACUUCUUGGAGGUCCAAAUGCCCAUACCAACAACCCCCUCCAUUGAUACUGGCCAAGGGAUUGGAGGAAGCUCAGUGGGGAGAUGAAGAGAGGAGACAGUAUGUGAGGAAAAGGUUUAAAAGGAGACACUUGGGGAGUGAUGUUCACCCUUUGAUUCCGUUUAUUGUACCUAAUCUCUUAUUGUUCUCUCUUCUGCUUUGGAACCCAUUUCCAAUUGAUGGGUCAGAUUCUUGAAUAUGGGGUUGGUUGUUCCUAGUUUUAUUUACUUUAAUCCUAAUUGCAAUUAGUUUUUCUUUCUUUAUCCUGAUAAAGAAAUUAUAUCAAGUUAGUAAAUUUGGAAGUAUCUGCAUAGAAGAAUUGGAUAAAUGCUUAUCUUUUUUUAACUUGAGAGAAAAUGUUCAAAGUAUCACUAGUGCUGCUUUAUGUAGAAUGAAGUUUUGGGAUUGAA